AUGGAGGCUGAAUACGACUUUUUCGGUGAAAUUGAAGAGCUCGCUAAGCCGUGUGCUAUUGUCAAAGUCGAAGACGAUGACGACACAGCUGCCCGUGACGAACGAGUACACGACGCAAGCCUUCGUAAUUACUACGCCUUGAAGGAGAUGAAUCCUUCCGACGAAGAACUGGCUAAGUAUUUAUUGGAUCGCGAUGACGGAGAUCUGAUGCAAAAGUUACCGUCAACGGUUUUACUUACUGAAUUGAAAAGACGUGACUUCAAUAUCUUGUUUACAUCCAACGAUUCUGAGAUUAUGGAUGAGGUUUUCAAACGUUUGAUGCUUUCCAGCACAGCGUUUUCCGAAACAACCACACGUACCUACAUGUCCGAUGGCGACAACCUUUGGAAGUGCGUCAAGGCAACCUUAACGCCACCCCUAACCAGGAAACGAUCUCUCAAAAUGACUGUCGAAACAGUCGAAUUGGAGGACGUUCUUUUUCCCAAUGACCACGGUCAUAUCGAUAAACGCCCCAAGAUCAAAAAGAAUUAA